AUGACUCUCAAAUACCUCAUUACCGGUGCCACUGGUGGACUCGGCAGCCAGGUGCUUGCCUACCUAGUAGCCAAUGUCCCUUCGUCCGAGUACGCUGCUGCUGCCUCCAGCGAAGCAAGCCGGGAACGCUUUGAAAGCCAGGGCAUUGCUUUCCGGGUUGCCAACUUUGAUGAACCGGCUACGCUAGACUCGGCGUUUGCAGAUGUCGAGAAUUUGUUCUUUAUCAGUACCAAUACGUUUGACAAUGCCAAACGUCAAGUGCAGCAUCAAACUGUUGUCGACGCAGCCAAGCGCGCUGGUGUUAAGCAUACAUGGUACAGCUCUCUUGCAUUCGGUGGCCUUCGCUCAGACUCGAAGAUAAGCGUGCAACAAGCUCACCUAGAGACCGAAAGAAUGUUGAAAGAGUCCGGGAUCACCUACACAUCCAUCCGUGAAGGUAUUUACGGCGAUGCAUUCCCACUCUUUCUUCAGUGGUAUCCCAGUACAGAAACCAUCUACAUUCCGGAUGAUGGGGAAAUCACAUAUACGUCGCGAGUGGAACUCGGUGAAGCCAACGCAAGAUUGCUCAUUAAAGGCGGCCACGAAAACGAGAUUGUUCUUCUUACCGCAAAUGAACCCCUUCGAGCGGCAGAUAUCAUCAAGAUAAUUAACGAAACCACUAACCGGAAUGUAAAGCUCACCAUUGUCUCUCCAGAGGAGUAUGUCAGAUAUCAUACGGAAAACGAUAUAGGCAAGAAAGCGGAAGGAUUCUGGCGAAGUAGGUUGACUUGGUUUGAUGGCAUAGCGAAGGGCGAUGCAAAGGUGUCAAAUCCACUGAUGAGGGAGCUUCUGGGCAGAGAGCCAAAGACUGGAAGCCAACAGAUUCGGGAGUUUCUAGGAGAGAAUCCCAACUACACCUGGCACCAGAACUAUGCGGAUAAGGCUCAGUAUCGGGCUACCCUGCCACAGAAAAAGUGA